AAGAGCGUAAUCGAAGUGUGGAGAGAGUUGAGAGGUGCGUUAGCGUUAGGUUAACGCAUUCAAUACAAAACACCGAACUUGAAACCCUUCCAAUAUAAACCCUCGCUUGUUUGUGUGCUCUUUCAUACUCUUUGUGUUAGAUCACUUGCUCUGCUCUUCAAGCAAACGCAGCAUCAUACUCACCAUUCCAUGGCUUUGCCCAAUCAGCAAACCGUGGAUUACCCCAGUUUCAAACUCGUAAUUGUCGGUGAUGGUGGCACAGGAAAGACGACUUUUGUGAAAAGGCAUCUCACUGGGGAAUUCGAGAAGAAAUAUGAGCCAACCAUCGGUGUGGAAGUUCAUCCAUUGGAUUUUUUCACAAACUGUGGAAAGAUUCGAUUCUACUGCUGGGAUACUGCUGGACAGGAGAAGUUUGGUGGCCUUAGAGAUGGAUAUUAUAUCCAUGGGCAAUGUGCAAUUAUCAUGUUUGAUGUUACUGCUCGUCUAACGUACAAAAAUGUCCCUACAUGGCACCGUGAUCUUUGUCGGGUCUGUGAAAAUAUCCCUAUUGUUCUCUGCGGAAACAAGGUUGACGUUAAGAACAGGCAAGUGAAGGCAAAGCAGGUUACUUUCCACAGGAAGAAGAAUUUGCAGUACUAUGAGAUAUCUGCUAAGAGCAACUACAACUUCGAAAAGCCUUUUCUGUAUUUGGCCAGGAAACUUGCAGGCGAUCCUAACUUGCACUUCGUAGAAUCUCCUGCAUUGGCUCCACCUGAAGUUCAAAUUGAUUUAGCUGCACAACAACAGCAUGAAGCUGAGCUUGCUGCAGCUGCUAGUCAGCCCCUUCCUGACGAUGAUGAUGACACUUUUGAGUAGAGGACUUGUGUGUUUGUGGACUGUCUUCUUGAGUGCUGGUAUUUCAAUACUAUUGUAUGUGCUUUUGGGGGUUGUAUUGGUAUUUUUGGAUGUGAAUUCGAUGAUCUGAAUUCAAUCAUUAUGAUAUUUGGUUUACCUAAAAUUGAAAAUUACCCUUAACUAAAGAUAUUUCAUAUCACUUUGGCUUUAAAAUA